GGGGGGCGGGGCCUGCUUGGCCCUGGCGCUCCCAGUCACGACGCAGCAGCUCGGGGCCUCGCCCUGCGGCGGCCCUGGGGGGCUCGCUGGUGCCGCUGCCCCGGCCUUGCAGGGCCGAGAGAGCCCGGCCGAGCCCGGGCCCCGGCAUCUGCGCAGCCGGUCCCCUCGUGCCAGGCGGGUUAUUGAGCUGCCGGGCCAUGGGCUGAUCUGAUCUGGUCCGCCACAGCCUCGUUUCCCACCAUUCCCUAAUCCUCUGGCCGGCCCUGUGGGUCCACCCCUCUUUGCCUGGUCAGGCGCUGCAGUCCCCUACAGCCCUCAAGUGGGGUGACCCAAAGGCCCUCCCUUGAGGGCCUAGGCCCUGAAGUGCUGGUUCUGAUCCAGCCUGGAGAGAUUUUCCUGCCGCUUAGCACCUGUGUUUCUCUUUGGCUGCUUUUCCAGAUGAACAGGAUGAAAGUUGACGAGGAGGAGUACUGGCACAGCUCCAAGUGUAAAGCCUUCACAUUUGAUGAUGACGAUGAUGAGCUCUCCCAGCUAAAGGAGUCCAAGCGGGCAGUGAACAGCCUUCGAGACAUCGUAGAUGAUGACGAUGACCUUGAGAAGUUCAGCUGGAGUGGAGAGCCAGUGGGCAGUAUUUCCUGGUCCAUCAAAGAGACAGCCUCCAGCAGCUCUAAUGCUCCUGAAGGGAGAGACUCAGGCCUACAGAAGGGCUCUUCUUCCCAUGCAGCCUUCCCCAAGCAAGCCUCCUCUUACUCCAUCAGCAGUUUCUUCAAAGGAAGAAACAAAUUUGGGAGUUUUCAGUCCCUUUCAGAUGGAUUACAGCAGCGACUGGAGUCCCAAGGAUACAGUCAGACGAAUGCAGAGGGGCAAGAUUUGCUCACUGGAGAGGUUCCGUUCCCUGCAGGAGAAGCUGGUGCUCCUGGAUGAAGCUGUCGCGGUGCAUGAUGGGAAUGUCAUUACAGCUAUCCUAAUAUUCUUGAAGAGGACGCUGAAGAGAGAAAUCCUGUUCCAAGAGCUGGAGGUGCGACAGGUGGCCCUGCGCCAUCUAAUCCAUUUCCUGAAAGAGACAGGGGAGCAGACGCUGCUCCUGGACCUGCUCAGGUUCCUGGACAGGACCGAGGAGGUUGCCCUUUCUCGGUACCGGGAGCACUUGAGCAUCCAGGAUGCAGAGAAACGAAGAGAAUUUCUUAAAGGCUGCAUCAGGUUACCAUUUUCAUCUGAAGAUGCCGUUCAUGUUCAAGACCAUUAUACGCUCCUGGAGAGACAGAUCAUCAUUGAGGCAAACGACCGGCAUCUGGAGGCCUCUGGGCAGUCUGAGAUAUUUCGGAAAUACCCACGAAAGGCCUCGAUCCUCAACAUGCCACUGGUGACCACGCUAUUCUACUCCUGCUUCUACCACUACACAGAGGCCGAGGGGACAUUCAGCAGUCCAACCAACCUGAAGAAAACCUUUAAGAUCCCAGACAAACAGUAUGUGCUGACAGCCCUGGCUGCCCGUGCCAAGCUGCGAGCCUGGCAUGAUGUGGAUGCCCUGCUCACCACCAAGAACUGGCUGGGUUACACCAAGAAGAGAGCUCCCAUUGGCUUCCAUCGAGUGGUGGAGAUCUUGCAGCGGAACAGUGCCCCCGUGCAGGUGCUGCAGGAGUACGUGCGCCUCGUGGAAGACGUUGAGACAAGGUUGAACCUUGCCAUGAAAUAUAAGUGCCAUGAUGUUGUUAUUGAUACGUACAGAGACCUGAAGGAUCGGCACCAGCUGAUGGCAUACAGGUGUAAGGUGGAGCGGGGCUCUGCGGAAGAGGACAAGAUAGACAGUAUCCUCAGCAACUUGCAAAUCCGAUGGAAGAAUUGAGGUGUCUGCCCACCUCAGAAGCAGCCCAAUUUGCCAUUGCCAUGCCAUUGAGAGAGGAAACUAUGGAGCCAGCCUCAGUGCCAAUAGAGCAAGUUCUGUUUCCCGUCUUGGUGUGGUUUGUCUGAUAUUGCCAGUCAGUGCCAGUGGCUCCUGGGACAGAGAGGCAUCCAGGCUGAUAUAAGGCAAACCCCACUAUCUGGCUAGUGGGACAAGACACUGAUGAACUGGAGUCAAUGCUCUGUAACUGGCUAGGCCAUGAGGUGGGCAUGGCUUCAGCGUUCAGAUGGAAGUAAAGCCAGGCAAAGCAGCGGCUACUUCAGAUUUGUGCAGGAUCCGGGCUCAUUCAGGUGAGAGGAACAAGACAAUUACCCACAAAAGAUCUCUCCUAAGGUUAGAGGUGACCCGCUCCCUUGCCAUACCAGCUGCUAAGGCUGGGGCAAUGAUGGCCGUGUCAGAAGAGAAGACGCAGGAACCGCAGACUGGACUGCGUUCUCCCUGCCUCUACGAGCAUGAUGGGUAGGGAAAGAUUUCUUGCCACUUAAAACUCCAACCUUCCUGUUUGUCUCUGAUUCAGAAAAGAAGCUUUCAGCCAAACUUCUGCAGAUUGCAUAUCCCCACUGCAAAGCCCUGCAUCUCAAGACCUGCCCCUUCACCCAAAGGGAAGCUGGGAGUUCUGCCUGGAGCUCAUCCACUCCCUCAUUGGGUUGGUUAGAGAAUGAGGUGAAAUUCCCUCCCAGCAAGUGCUGAAGAUGCUGGCCCCACAGAGCCCCUUGGAACAGUCUCUUCUCCCUGGCCUUUACAAUGGGAAAGUUUUUGUUACAUCCCUUAAAAAUGUGACUCUCCCCUGGGGUUCCCUGCCAGUUUUGUGGUGUCAGACCUCACUUUCUGUUCCGUAAAUAAAGCUGCGUGUCUGCCUCUC